AAGACAUGCGAAAGUGUUGUAAAGCAAAACAACUGCGCUCUAAAGUGUUCGUUCUUUUCAGAAUUUUUACGUUUAUGUGUAAUUUAACACAAAUAUUAAACUUGUGCAUUUACAAUAAUGAUAUAUAAUGCAUUGUUAACGUUAAUAGUUAUUGUGUAAGCUUACACCAGCCCUUCUAAACCAACAUGUCGUUUUUUCGCUAUGUGUAAGAGAAGUGUAAACUGUAGACUCGGUUUCGGCAAUGUGAGAGUGUUCAAUCAAAUGGUAGUGACAACGUUGCUCCGCUAAAAAGCAAUUUAACUGGUUGCAUUCGAUUGACGGAUUGAGAGCUGCACUAAAGCGAAAAAAAUCAACAAUUUAACAAACAAAAAAAUAUAUAUAUAUGAGAAAAAAAAGCGAAAAAUCAGCAAAAACACAACAGCUACAGUGCGUAGGCAACGGUAUUUGCACAGCAUUAAGUUUUGUUAGAACAACAAACAACAACAAUUCUACAGUUCAUUUGCGUUCGCAAAUAAACAAUAGCGUGCGAUUGUGAGCGUGCGGUGAGAGCAAAAAAAAAAAAUUACGCCAGACACAAAACAACGUGAAUACUGGAAUCGGGCAACGCUUAAGGACAACAAGUAGUGUGAGGAGAAGAGCAAGCUUAACAGUAUUAACGGUGCCCUUUUGGGUGUCAGCGGCUGCGGCGUUAACACGCGCGGCGGCCUUGACAGCUGUUUUUGUAGGACAACGGGAUCUGCAGCGUAUAUCUCACAUCCAUUUUCGGGAACCUUGUUGGUUCUGUUUUGGAAGCUGCCGAACUGCCAAUUGUGCGUAUUUGUAAUUUUAAUGGCAUUUCGUUGUUUGUUAUAUGCCACAAAAGAUGAACAAUGAACAAAUUGGUGUUUCAUCAAUAUCAUCAACAACCUUAUCAUCCGCAACAUCCACAACUGCUGCUGGCAAUAGCAGCGCAGCUGCUGCGCAACUCAUCAAGGCCAUAUCAACAGGCGCCGCAACUGCCAACGCCAACGGCAACGCCACCGCCACUGGCACCGGCAACGCCAAAGAUAAAGACAAAGACACAAAUAUUGCCACAUUGGUAACAAAAAUCCAAGCUAUAAUACCCGAUACGCCCAUCGUUUCAAUUGCCGCUGGCACGUUGAGUGAGAGCACCUCAACAACCACAUCCACUAAGACGACACCGACGCCCUAUUUCCAGGAGCAGCUAACCACCUUAAUGUCGCACAAUGUAAAGCUGGAGCAGCGUCCGGCCAACGACAGCAGCAACAGCAACAGCAACAGCUAUGACCUGUCCAAUAAAAAUAAUAACAGUAGUCAAUCAGCCUCUGUGCUUACCCAAAAUCAUGUGCCGGCCGGUGAUAAGAAAAGCACUAACACUAACACUAACAGCAACAACAGCAACAACAACAACGCUGCCGGCAGCAGCACCAACAGCAGCAUUGCGAACGCAGCGCAUCACAAUUUGAAUUUAACACCGCUGCUAAGCAAAUCUGGCCAACCAGCACCCGAGGUGAUUGCUGCCGCAACUGCGCUGCAUCAGCGACGCGGUGCUACCACCAAAGGCAAGACCCAAGAUGACCAAAAUGUGGGCAAGCGUCAGAAGAAUAAAAAGACAAAGUACGAUGCUUGGGAGGAUAGCGAAAUAAAUGAUCUCGACGACGCAUCAUUAAAGAAACUGCUUGAGGAGGCCUAUUGGUAUCGCAAUCCGGGCGACAGAAAAAACAAAAGUGAGCGUUUUCUGCAAAUGCUCAAAAAGGCUGAGUACGACGAGGCAAACUCUUAUCGUGCGAUUAAAACCUGUCUAACACGCAAUACGUCCGCAUCAUCAUCAACGUCCAGCGGCUAUUACGGCCACAGCAGCAGCGUCGGUAGCGGCAGCAAUUUUGGAGCGCACAAUAGCAGCAGCAGUUAUCAUACAAAUCAUCGGACUGCGUCGCAACGUCAUAAGCAGGGCGGCUCUUUGCAGGAUUUGGUCGAGGCAACGCAUCGCAGCGAGCUGGCAACAACGUCAUCGGCGGCGGCAGCAGCAGCAGCAACCCAACGUUUCAACUGUGAUUAUCAGCUUAUUGGCGCCAGUAGCAGCAGUGGUGGCAACAGCAACACCCGCGCCAAUCGACGUCAGCAGCACAACAACAGCAGCAACAGCAACAGCAACAACCAAAACUCCGCCGUUGUCGGCAAGAAAUCGUUGAAGAACAACAACAGCAACAGCUCAUCCGUAUCAGUGCGACAACGCGAAGGCGGCAGCUUGCCAAGCAGCGUUAAUUUUGAGAUGGCCAAUAUGGAUGGCAAGCAAAAGUUAGCCAUUGGCGAUGAGGGCGUGGCAGGCAAUGCCAAUCCCAAUCCCAAUCCGAAUCCGAAUACCGUCAAUGCUUCUACUAGCAAGGGCAAUCGCAACAACACCGGGAGCAGCAGCAGCAGCUUGCCCAGUCAAUUGAAUGAAACUGGGAAUACCGUUAUUGAGUUCGAUGUGGAUGGCAAUGGGGAUCGGGAUGCUGCUGCUGCUGAUGUCGGCGGUGCUAUCGGCGGCGGUGCUAUCGGCGGUGGUGCUAUCGGCGGUGGUGCUAUCGGCGGUGGUGCCAUCGGCGGCGGCGACGGUGGCGGCGCUUUGACAGCCAGCCAACUAUUUGAUGAAGCGUUGGAGGUAAGGGAUGGCACUGUAGAGAUGUGGGACAUCAACUUGGAUCAGACACUUUGGGAUAUGAUCAAUUAUUCGCAAGCAUAUUCGAAUGCCGAAGACGAACACUUGCUUAAUGAUUCAUCUAAAUUGCAGGCGGCCCGUAACGAUAAGGGAAUGCCGAAUGUGGCUGCCAACCAGGCCAUGCCUCUUAAAUGUGAGAAUCAACUGGACAUUCUCAAGCAGCAGCAGCAGCAGCAACAACAAGAACAACAACAACAGCAGCAGCAGCAGCCCGAUGGCAAGGAUUUGGGCCCUGUCAAAGAGUUCCUAAUCGAUGAUCCACUUCACUUUUCGAUGCUGGAGACAUCCGCUAAGAAUCAGAAAUUGGAGCAGCAACAACUGCCACUACCGCAGUAUCCGCCAGCAUUGGCCAGUGCUGUAGCUAGCGGACAAUUUACUCUACCGUUGGGCGAACAGAAGCGCAAAGUUGACGCUGGCUAUGUAUCUCUCAAUGAUAGCUACACGGCCUGCUCGUCCGUGUUUGGCUUGGCUGGCAACUUUUCAUCGGGCAGCAAGAGUUCAUCCAAGGGCUCUGGCGGCGGCAACAGCGCUGAGCUAUUUGGUGGCGCUGAUCUACGUCCGGCUAAGAUUGGACGCAUGAUGACCGCAGCUGCCGCUGCAGCUGUCGUCGCCUCUCACGGCGCCAAGGCCACAACGCGCCAGUUUGAUGAGAACGGUAACGCGUUGGGCGAUGGCUAUGCCGCUGGCAAUGGUACUGGCAGCAGCAACAACAACAAUAAUAACAGCAGCAGCAGCAGCAGCAGCAACAACAACAACAACAGCAAUGGCAACGGCAACAACAACAACACCAGUGGCGGCUCCUCCUUCACAACGCUUAUCACAACCACCUUGGGCAGCGGCGGUGGCAGCGCAUUGACAGCCCCGCUCCAGCAGCAACAUCAUCAACAACAUCAACAACAUCAACAACAACAACAACAACAUCAUCAACAACAGCAACAACAACAACAACAGCAGCAGCAGCAGCGCUCAAAUAGCGUAUCCACAUUGCUCACAACUGGCGGCAAUACAACAACAACAGCCAUGGCUGCUGCCGCAGUGGCCGCAUCCUUUAACAGCCAAUUGCAGCAGGUGCCAGGCUCUGCUGCUGCUGUAGCGCCGCCACAGCCGCCGACGAAGCUCAAAUCGAAAAAGAAGUCACAGCAGGAGCGUAACACGACCACCGUGGAUGUGGAAUCGGUGGCCGGUUAUCGUGGCAAGGAUCCCGUUGAGCAGCUGGUCAAAUACAUUGAAAACGAUGGCUCGGCGUGCGCGCAACAGCAACAGCAACAACAGCAGCAGCAAAAGAAAAAGGAGCGCAAGAAACAGAAUAAGCUUAAGAAAUGCAACUCGCUGGAGGAGUUGCGCAGCUGCGCCAAAAUGGAAGUCGAUGAACUGAAGCGUCAGUCGGCCACCACCGAAAUGAUGCGCAACAAAAAGGGGGGCAAGCACAAUUCCGCCUCUGUUGCGGACAUCAACAAGAAUUGCAACAAGGAGCAACAGCAGCAGCAGCAGCAACAGCAGCAACAACAACAGCAACAACAACCAACAGCACAACAAUCGCAACAGACAGCGGCGCCGCGCAAAAGCGAGCGUCGCUCCUGGGGCACCGAAGAGUUGCAGUAUUUGGGCGAGACGCCGCCCGCAUUGAAUGAUGCCAAGCUGAAUGACAGCGGCAACAGCAGUGCCAGCAACAAUUGUGGCGAUACGCCCUCCUCAUCACAGCUGGGCGCAGCUGGAGCCGCAGCCGUAGCCGUAGCCGCAGCGGGCACUUUGCCAGCGCUGGAAUUGCCAACGCUGGCGCGCAUGUCCGAAAUGGAGGCGCUGAAUACGGUGCUUAGCGAAACGGCUGAAUUUCAUGUGGUCACCAAAAAGAAGAAACCAAAGAAACAGCGCGCCGUCACCAUGGAUGAUGCGGCCGUUGCGGCAGCGGCAACAACUGGCGGCAAUUUGCAGCGCAUGCAACAGAUAACCAAAUCAGCAUCGUCCAACAUGAUGUCACAGCGUUUGCGCAGCAACAUGGAUUACUACAACAAUAGCAGCAGCAGCAGCAACAACAACAGCAACAACAACAACUACUAUGCAGCACAUGCCAGCUAUAGCAACAACAGCAACAAGCAACAGCAACAACAACAACAACAACAACAACAAGCGCAACAACAACAUGCUGCCACAUCGUCAGCCACAGCCGCUGCAACUGCAACUGCAGCUGCUGCUGCAGCAGCAGCUGUUGUUGCUGGCGGCACGCAGGAUAAUUCGCGUCGCAAGUCCACGUCGUCUAUGCCGCCCUCGGAGAAAUCCGAUUCAAGUGAUCUCGACUCGGUGCACUCGCUGCCCAUACAAACCGUCAAAAAGAAGAGCAACAACAAGCGCGUCGCCGUUCAGGCCAAGCAUAACAACAACAACAACAACAACAAUAACAGUAACAAAAAUAAUAACAACAACAAUAACAAUUCAUCGGCACCCAUUUCAUAUGCGGACAUUGCGCGCAACAAGCGUGAGCAGCUGGCCCACGGUCAUGGCGAGGACAGCGAUGCUGGUGGCGAUGCACAAGGUCCGUUGACGCCGCAAUCGCUGCUGCUGAUACAGGACAACAAGCUCAAGGGUAAGUCCAAGCAGCGUCCCGAUUUUCCAGAGCUUCCGGGCGCCAUGGCUGCAACAAUAACAACAGCAACAGCCACAGCAACAGCAACUGGCGCUGCCGCAGCCGCAGCGCUCAUUAGCUAUUCGCAGAGCCUCAACAAAACGGCUGCGCCCAGCGACAUGGAGGGCAACAACAGUCAGGAACAGCAGCACCAGCAGCAGGCAACUGCUGUUGCCACUGGCACGCCCGCAGCAACAGUUGCAGCGGCAGCAACAACCACAACAGCAGCUGCGGCGGCAGGAACAACUGCCGGCAGCACCUCGAAUCUGACAAUAGCAGGCAGUGGCGCCACAGCGCCGCCAGCACUGCAAAAGUCUAAAAGCGUGGAGCACGAUGCCAGCAGCUAUAGCUUCAACAGCAGCAAUCUGGAUCUGCAGUAUCCAGCGCUGGAGAAGACAGUGAAGCGGCACAGCCUCAAUCAUGUACCGCUGGCGGCCAAUGUAGCCACUGGCUAUAACUUUGCAGCAGCUGCCAAGCAGCAGCAACAGCAGUCGGAUGCAAAAUGCAGCAUGGAAAUGACACCGAGUGCAGCAGCAGGAGUAGCAGCUGCAGCAACUACCUCAGGCAAGGCCAAGUGCAAGCCAAAGGAGCUGUCACCCAGCAGCAGCAACAGCAGCAGCAGCAAGAAUAAGGAGAAAUUCCUUAGCCAGAAGCCUAGUCAGAGUCAGGAUGAGACAUGUUCGCCAUCGGCGCUGCCCGUUAGCUUCAAUUUGGCCAGUGGCCACAGUGGCGGCACCAUUACCUUCAAGGCAACAGCGGCCACACAGACGGAGGGCGCCAAGAAGCAUAGCGGCGGCACUGCAGCAGCUGCUGUGCAGACCACAUUGCCGCCGGUGGGCAAUAGACCCGCUGUGAUUAUACUCAACGAUGAUCGCGACUCGAAGCUGGGCAGGCUCAACAACGAGUUCAUCUUUGGCGAUUUCAAUGAGGACGAACUGAAGCUCUUUGACGAUGCCAGCGACAAGGAGUCCAACGAAAAGCAACAGCCUGAACAGCAACUGUUGCAGCUGGACAAGGAGCAACAGACGACACCAACAACGGCAUCAACAGCAACCGCUACCGAUCCCCCCAGUUGUGAGCAACAGCAACUGCAGUUGCUACUCAAUGAUUCGGGCACUGCCUCCGAUGUGGUCAACAGUUCGGCCUGCAUGGAUCUGCUGCUUAUCUCAGGGCAGGCGGCACAGUCAUCGCCCAAUGCAGCUAUUAACAACAGCACCAACAGCUGCAACAACACCAGCAGCAGCAGCAGCAGCAACAACAACAACAGCAACAGCAACAACAGCAACAACAUCAAUUCAUCAACAUCCUCAACACCAUCAUCGUCCGCCUCGUGCUCCACCUCGGCCUCCUCAUCGACGCUGAGCAGCAGCAUUGGCAAUGGCAACGGCAAUGGCGGCGGUGCCGCCAAUCAGUCCAACGAUAGCGGCAUCUAUGGCGCUGCCAACAUAUCCAAUACCAUUGCCGCCGCCGCUGCCAUCAAGGAUCAGGUGAAUCAUUUUCUCAGCAAGGCCAGCGCCAGCGCCAGUGCCAGCAGCAACAGUCACAGCCAUAGUCAUAGCAACAGCAGCAGUUGCAGCAGCUGCCACGAUGAGCCGCUGCCCAUGCAGCAGCUGGAGACGUGCAACGAUAUCGAGACGGCAAUUAUAGCGGCCGCACGUGCUGCUGCUGCCGCCGCCUCUUCGCGCAGUGCCAGCUGCAGUCGCAGCAAUUCGCUGGAGCAGCCGCCAGCCACACAAAUGGGCGCUGCCAAAACCAAAUCUCGACCAGCUCUCUACACGAACUACGGCAAUGCCGACAAUCCAGCUGCCCAUGAUCAUAAUGAUGAUGAUGAUGACGUUGAUAACGAUGAUGAUGAUCAUGAUGAUGAUGAUGAUGAUGAUGAUGAUGAAGAGGAGCAGCUGCAUGAGCUCAGCUUUAUGUCCGAUCUCAAAUCGGAUUUUGUGGCAACCGCGCCGCUGCCACUGAUGCCGACACCACCGACGCGCCAAUCUCUCAUGUCCAACACGGAGCUCAUUGUGGACUACAUCAGCAGCUCCUGGAAUGCCAUAGUCAAUAGCAAGUACGUGACCUUCUACAAUGAGCAGGAGGAGCAGCAACAGGAAACUUAAGGAAUGGAUUCAACAUGUUCGGCAUUCAAACCCCCGAUGCCGCUCGUCGUCCUCUGCCGUUGCACUUCUGCUGCAAUUUAAAUUGGAGAAAGGAAAACAGGAGAGAAAAAAAAAAAACACACACACACACAUAUACAGGAGAAAAAUGAAAGAAAUGAAACACGGAAAACUGUAAACAAAAGCUAUUGCAAAAACACACAAAAUUUUAUAUUAUGUUGCAUGGUUAAUUGUUGAAUCUUUAUUUAUGUGGUGUGCUGUCUAUUGUUAACACACAAUUGCACACACACACGCACACACGAAUCACAUCUACCAGCUAGACCUACACACAUAUAUAAACAUAUGCAUAUAAUUAUAUAUAUACCUGUAUGUAUAUAUAUAUAUGUAUAUAUAUAUAUGUUUAUAUUUGCUAUAACAAUACGCUUUUUAAGCUAAUGUAAUCUUUAAUUGUACCAACUAUUGUUGAACUAUAUUGAUCACCAUUGGAAGCCUCACAGAUUAUCAAUAAACAAAAACAAAACAAC